CAACUUCUUGUCAAAAUUGUCGAAAGUGUGGUUGACAGUAAACAUUUUUAAUAACAAAAUAGAGUAUUAACUGGGUGUAACGAGACUUCCACGAUGGUUUUAGCAGACUUAGGUCGUAAAAUAACAACUGCUUUGCAGUCGUUAAGCAAGGCAACUAUAAUAAACGAAGAGGUUCUUAAUGGCAUGCUCAAGGAAAUAUGUGCGGCUCUACUUGAAGCUGAUGUAAACAUACGCCUCGUAAAGAAACUACGGGAAAAUGUGAGGGCGGUUAUUGAUUUUGAUGAAAUGGCAGGAGGGUUGAAUAAGAGGAGAAUGAUCCAAAGUGCCGUUUUUAAGGAACUUGUUAAACUUGUUGAUCCCGGGGUUAAGCCGUACCAACCUGUUAAAGGGAAACAUAAUGUUAUAAUGUUUGUGGGUCUUCAAGGGUCGGGCAAAACUACAACUUGUACAAAGCUAGCAUAUCAUUAUCAGAAGAAAAAUUGGAAAUCGUGUUUGGUGUGUGCCGACACGUUCAGGGCUGGUGCCUAUGAUCAGGUUAAACAAAAUUGUACAAAAGCAAGAAUCCCCUUCUAUGGAAGUUACACUGAGGUGGAUCCAGUGGUGAUAGCCCAAGACGGCGUUGACAUGUUCAAGAAGGAGGGUUUCGAGAUUAUUAUAGUAGAUACUAGUGGAAGGCAUAAACAAGAGGAGUCAUUAUUUGAAGAGAUGUUGGCGGUUUCAAACGCGAUUCAACCUGAUAAUAUUAUUUUUGUGAUGGACGCCACCAUAGGUCAAGCUUGUGAAGCUCAAGCGAAAGCUUUUAAAGAAAAAGUCGAUGUAGGAUCUGUAAUUAUCACAAAAUUGGAUGGUCAUGCUAAAGGUGGUGGGGCUCUUAGUGCAGUGGCGGCUACCAACAGUCCUAUUAUCUACAUUGGUACAGGAGAACAUAUUGAUGAUUUAGAACCGUUCAAGACUAAACCUUUUGUCAGUAAAUUGUUAGGAAUGGGCGAUAUUGAGGGACUCAUAGAUAAAGUAAACGAAUUGAAACUAGAAGAUAAUGAAGAAUUAUUAGAGAAAAUCAAACAUGGACAAUUCACACUCAGGGACAUGUAUGAGCAGUUUCAGAACAUAAUGAAAAUGGGCCCCUUCUCACAAAUUAUGGGAAUGAUUCCCGGAUUUAGUCAAGACUUUAUGUCGAAAGGCAGUGAACAGGAGUCGAUGUCGCGUCUAAAACGAUUGAUGACGAUCAUGGACAGUAUGAACGACGAUGAGUUGGACAGCAGAGACGGUGCUAAAAUUUUUUCCAAACAGAACGGCCGUGUUGUGAGAGUGGCACAAGGCUCGGGUGUUACGGAACGAGAAGUUAAAGAAUUGAUCACUCAGUAUACGAAAUUCGCAGCUGUUGUGAAGAAAAUGGGCGGUAUUAAGGGACUUUUCAAAGGAGGCGAUAUGGCUAAAAACGUCAAUCCAGCACAAAUGGCAAAACUCAAUCAACAGAUGGCUAAAAUGAUGGAUCCUAGAGUUUUACACCAAAUGGGUGGAAUGCCAGGCUUGCAGAAUAUGAUGAGGCAAUUACAAGCUGGUGCUGGUGGAGGAUUAGGCAAUUUAAGUAAUUUGAUGGGUGGUUUUGGUGGAAAAUAAUUUUAGGAAAUUGUAAUAUAAAAUAUUUGAUUUGUUUUGCCACUUUUUGUGAAGUUUUUAUAAAAAUAAAUUUAUCUCUGAUCUAA